UCUCUCUAAAACUUUAGUCCAUUCCAUUUCUGGGAAAUCUUCCCUCCUUCCCCAUUUCAAAACUUCAAAACUUCACUGUUUUCGUCACAGAUAGCACCACAUUCCCAACCCCAUUUCUGAGCUCAUUUCUUCAAAAUUAUUGAUUUGGGAUUAAAGGGGGAAGGGGGAUUCGUCAAUUUAAGAGAACUCGCAUUUUUACAGACAAUGAUUCUUGGACAAAACAGGUGCAUCGGCCUGUGGAAGUUUGGCUCUGUUUUUGACAAGAAAAUCAUCGUCGAUAAGAGCUUCUACUUCUGGAUCUUCCAAAUCUUUAAUAGAAACACCUUCAAUACUUAGUUCUCCAUACACCAAAACCCACCUGAUUUUGCCAAUUCCCUCGUGUGUUGUGUUUGUUGUUUCUCGAAUCGUUUUCGUUUUGUUCUUGGAGUGGCAAAACAAACAAAAUGGGAGGUGGGUCGCUUCCACCAGGCUUCAGGUUCCACCCAACAGAUGAAGAAUUGGUGGGUUAUUAUCUGAAAAGGAAAAUCGAAAGCCUUCCAAUUGAACUCGAAGUCAUUCCAGUCAUUGAUUUGUACAAAUUCGACCCAUGGGAGCUCCCAGAGAAAUCUUUCCUUCCAAAACGAGACAUGGAGUGGUUCUUCUUCUGCCCACGCGAUCGAAAAUACCCAAAUGGAUCGAGAACCAACAGAGCCACCAAAUCUGGGUACUGGAAAGCCACUGGCAAAGACAGGAAAAUCACCUGCCAAUCUUCUUCUCCUUCUUCCUCUGUAAUGGGAUUUCGAAAGACCCUCGUUUUCUAUCGCGGCCGAGCCCCGCUUGGCGAUCGAAUGGACUGGGUCAUGCACGAGUAUCGCCUCUGCAACGAUUUCUCUCAACCCACUCCAACUUUUAAGGGCGCUUUUUCUCUGUGUCGUAUUGUGAAGAGGAAUGAACCAUCGCACAACAAGGACAACCGUCGAGAACCCAAAGGUAAUGUCGUCAGUGAGGAAUCUACAUCCACGAGAUCUCUUGUUUCGAAUGAAUUGUCGAAUGUAAUUGAUUUGGAUGACAAUUCAUCUCUCAACAAUUUGUCGAGCCUGAUGACGAGUGCUUACGACACGAAUCCGAUGUCUCGGUAUGGAACCAGCAUUAUGGAGACUGAUCCUGAGAAAAUAUGGAUCUCACCUGAUCUCAUUCUUGACUCAUCCAAGGAUUAUCCUGAAAUGCAAGGAGCUAUGUCAAUAUGUUUUCCACAGUACGAAUUUUACGGGCAGUCGUAUGAGCACACAGAGAUAUCUCCAAGUUCAUCCUACUCGAAUUUUACCGGCGACAUUGAGCUCGAAGAAAAUCUUAGAGGUUUUGACCUCAACAAUUCACAAAGGUAUCCAAAUUGUUUCUGAACAUCGUCUUGGCUCUUGUGGAUGCAAAAAAGGUACCGAUGAACACUUAAUAUUGUUUAAUCUCGACGGGAUCCCGAAGCCAACGCCUUUUAUUGUCGGUCUUCGAUGCGAGAGUAAAGGGAGUGCGAUUCCAAAAUGUUAAGCAUAAUUUAUUUGGUGUAAAAGUAUAAUUAGUAAGCAGAGUAUUAGUUUGUAGUCCCUGGUGAUAUCUCUUUUAUUGGUUGAGCCAGAGAGGUGUUUCGUAGCAUAAAUGUUUUUGGUUUUCUUUCUAGAGGCUUUAUGUGUGGCAUAUUGUAACUCUUCACUCUUGAUUUCUCAUCGAAGGAUUUUUUUUAACUAAUUUCAGUUUCAGAAUUCCCUCUGGUUUUGUUGUUUGAA